AUGGACAGGUCUCCAGCUAGGAAAUCUGCAACACCACUUGAUACAGCGAUGGCAACGCAGCACGAUGGGGAGUCCGUGGUGACUCAGCACCGUGCACAGUUUGAAGGUGACGACUGGGAUCUGGUGCUGGAGCGAAAGCUCGGUGCGCUGUGCGAGGCGUUUGAUGCAGAUGUCUGUGAGGCGGUGGGUGUACCUCGUGGCUCCGUCGUGGAUGUGGGUUUUACGUUGGGGAGCUUGUUUGUUGAGUUCGGUGUCCGACACAGGCCUUCGCUGCGUAAGGGCGAUGUGAAUAAGCGUCUUGCUCAGUGUGACUUUUUCCGGACGUGGAAUUUGUACGAGCCCCGCACACAGCCGCAUGCAGGUUCCGCUGCCGCUCCUCUUACUGCCAGGGAGGGCACGUUGCCUGUGCUACGCGCCAGUGAGGAGUGCGAUGUGACUCCGGGUAAA